AUGUGCCGGGUGGAUCCUAGUUUUUUUAUCCUGUAUGUGACGUACCAGUGCUUUUUUGGAAUGCCGAGCAAGAGGAAGAGGAAGAGAGCGGUGGAGAGAGAGAGACCCACCAUACACCCUCGAAACAAGUACUCCGAUAACCCACCGGACUUUGGACUCUUGGCAUCUCUUUAUCCUUCUUUCGAGCCCUUCGUGUUCUUCUCUCGCGAUGGUCGACCCAGAAUCGACUGGACCGACUUCAAAGCCACCCGAGAACUCACCAGGGUUUUGCUCCUUCACGAUCAUGGCCUCAACUGGUGGAUUCCAGAUGGGCAGCUCUGCCCAACGGUGCCCAACAGGUCCAAUUACAUCCAUUGGAUUGAAGAUCUUCUGGCAUCCGACAUAAUCUCAAACAAAUGUGCGGAUGGUGGUCUUGUACGGGGUUUUGAUAUUGGAACUGGGGCCAAUUGCAUUUACCCUCUUCUUGGUUCAUCACUUGGUUGGAGCUUUGUUGGUUCAGAUGUUACUGAUGUAGCACUAGAGUGGGCUGAGAAAAAUGUUAAAAAUAAUCCACAUAUUUCUGAAUUAAUCGAAAUCAGAAAGGUUGACACUGAGGAGAGGUCAUCUUUUAAGCUAGAGUCACAUAGUAGCCAGUCAGUUGAUAGGGAAAGCAGUAUACAUUUAAGUGAAACAAAGGCUGAGGACACAGAGUGUUCGAACUCAACUUUACCUGAACUACGUUCCGGAGUGAAUAAGAGUUAUUAUGGACCACCCAUGCUUGUUGGUGUUGUCAAAGAAGGGGAGAGAUUCGACUUUUGUAUGUGCAAUCCUCCAUUUUUUGAGACAAUGGAGAAAGCAGGAUUGAAUCCAAAAACUUCUUGUGGUGGAACUCCACAGGAGAUGGUUUGUCCUGGUGGAGAGCUGGCUUUUAUCAGUUGCAUUAUCGAGGACAGUGUUGAAUUGAAGCAGUCUUUUCGGUGGUACACUUCGAUGGUGGGAAGAAAAUCAAACCUGAAGAUUCUUAUGUCGAAGCUUCGGGAGGUUGGAGUGACGAUAAUUAAGACAACUGAAUUUGUUCAAGGGCAGACAUGCCGCUGGGGGCUUGCUUGGUCUUUCAUAUCUCCUGCCAAGAAGAUAAUAUCGUCCCAUAUGGCUCAGAAAAAUAACCUGUCUUUCAUGCUUGAGGGUCUUCAGCGCCAAUACACUGCCAUUCAGGUGUUGCAAUCAGUGGAGUCCUUUUUCAGUGCCGUUGGUGCAUCUUGUAAAUCAAAUUCCUCCACAUUUAAUGUUGAAGUCACUGUAACAAAAGACCACUUUGAUUUAAUUAUGAAAGGUGAGAGACCAAAAAUCAAUGAAGCGGGUAGUUGCUGGUAUGAAGUAGAGAAAUUUAAUUAUCCAAGAAGUCUGGGCCAUCCAUCCGAUGAUUUGUGUUUCCGCAUCUUGGUCUUCCAACAAAUCCCGGGCACACUUUUGGUGAAAGGAUCAUUGCAGCAUAAAGAAAGCCCAGUCUCAGGGGCUUUCUCAUUGAUAUUCCAGCAACUAGAAGUAGUUCUGAAAGAUAAAUUUUGUACUGAGAAGGCAUCAGCAGCUGCCUCGUACUCUAAUCGUUCACAAUAACAGUGUAUGAUUUGCUGAACUCAUACUUGUAAGAUUAAAAUUUGUACCAUAUUUUUGGGAUAUUUACAAUGAAAAUGUCAGAAUUCAACUUGUAGCAGUAGAGUGGCAAGAACGCAUAGUAUACAAUGUUUAUUAUAAAUUUUCAUGGUUAUGUGAUGAUUUCUUGUGUCAUUAAUUGUUAAUAACAUUAAUUGCGGCUGUUGUUUUGUUUUAUACGCAAUUUCAGCUUAGGCUUUUGGAUCACUUGAGGUUGUCUACACGUCUCUUCCUUUUUUUUGUUGUCUGAUCAUUCUGCUUGCUUGAGGGCCUAUUUGUAUCCCACGAUCUUGUUCCUGUUCCAUUCAUCCCAUACUGCCUGACCACACCCACAUUCAUGUUUCUUAUAUCUGACUGGUUGAUCCCAUAAUUUCACUGAGAUUUCUGUUGGAUAUCUCUUACCUAGCCAGGUUUUAGGAUAGCAGCUGAAAUGACUCUUUUUUCGGAAAAUUAAGU